GGGGCGACGGGCAAGGAACCUUCUACUGCCGAGGGGAGGGGAGGGGAGGGGAGGGGAGGCCCUCGCAGCGCGUCCAAUGUCGGGACCGGAGGCUUAAUGUGAUCGAUGCGAGGUCGUGAGGCGAAGAAUUGACCAGUUGGGUUGCAAUUUGUGGCGAGCGGGAGUGGCAGUGGAAGCGGGAUCCCGGAGCUGCACGAGAAGGAAGGGUUCGAUUGGGGGGAGUAGGGGGAUUGGGAUUGGGAUUGGGAUCAGUGAAGCGCAAAUUCGCGGAGGAGGCAGGCGGAGGAGAUCUGGUGCGCUUGCGGGGGAGAAAUCACGGGCGGAGAAAUGGCGGUUGCCACUCUGGAGCUCACGGUGAUGGCCGCGGAGGAACUGAAGAACGUCAGCACGUUUGGGAAAAUGGAUCUGUAUGCCGUGGCGUGGGUCGACCCGGCCGCGAAGCGAUCGACGAGAGUGAUUCAUAAGGCUGGUCGAAACCCGGUGUGGAACGACUGCGUCUCGCUGUCUCUGGAAAAUUACCUCCGGUAUUACCCGAAUUCCUACCUCACCGUCGAGAUUUUCAGUGAAGCAAAUCUUGGGGACAAGGUCGUGGGGACCGGUCGGCUUGCGCUUCAUGAGAUUUACAGAUUGACAUCGCGAGGGGGCGACGAGCCUGCCCUGGUGACAUUGCAAUUGCAGCGGCCAUCCGGACGGCCUCAGGGUUUCAUCAGGCUGGCGAUGAAAGUGAGGGGCGAUGCCACCCGCGCAGCAGUCGUGCCGGACUACCCCGUCGACAAGAAUGCAGACGUCGUGGAAGGCAUUCCAGUGAUGGGCAUUCCCGUCGGUGGCCCGUACGCCGUGGCCCCGAAUUUCUACGAACAUCGUGGCGAUGGCACCACUGCCACUGGGUACCCUUCCCUUCUGGCGGAUUCUUCGCAUUCCGGCUCCACUUCUGUUUCUUCCGAUAACAUCCCCUACGCAUACCCCCCGGCUUAUCACGGCUACCCAAGAAGCUAUGGCUACGCUGCUCCUGCACCUGCUGGAUACCCGCAACCAGUUUACCAGCAAGGCCCAUACGCCUAUGUCCAGCCUCCUCAACCUCAACAACGAACUAGCGGAGGAGGCUUACUCUUGGGGAUUCUCGGGGGUGCUCUCGGAGGGCUCAUUCUCGGAGACAUCCUGACCUGAAGAGACGAGGAGUUCUGGUUCCUACUCAUCGGCCUCAUGCUUGGCAACAGAUUGUACUGAACGGCAGGCCGGUAUUGAAGCGUUGCACGUGGUGGACGCUCGUGUGUAGGAAGGUAGGCUGAUGCCGUGAGGUGAUGCCUUAUAAUGUAUAGAUUUAGUGGUCAUCUUUGUAUAUAGCUGAAGAAAGCUGCCGGGAUAUGCGUGCGAUUGACCCCGUGCCGGCGGAUCUGGACAGUUGUCGAUAAAUAUCGAUCUCCUGCAAACUGACUCUUAUGAUGAAGAAUUGCAAUACUCUAGUCUAGCACUGUAUUGUGCCAUCUAAGAGUGACAAUCAUAUCCUUCCCUUGUGCUGAUCAACGAGAGAUUUGUGUAUGUUUAUCAAGGGGUAAUAUUCAACCCUAGUUCUGAUUUUGCGGAGGCACAUGAGUUUUUUCCCGCCUCUGUGAUAUGAUGCUCUCAUUUUUACUUCACUCGAAAUACAUCAUCAAUAUCAAAGUUCCGUCCCGCAUCACUGCCUGUGUACCGAUUUGAGAGCUCACUAAGCUUUUUUUUAGUUUACCUGUCUUUGGCCUUUAAGGUUUACUUCUUUGACGACAGUUAGUUGUCUUCAAUCUCAUCACGUCAAUUUUUCUUGCAUAUCCUAUAGAUUCUCUGGUUAUUGCAGUGGGAUUGUGAUUGUGCAGCUAACGU